GAAUUGUACCGGAACUGUAUGUCUUUGCGACCCAAGAUCGUCAAGUUGAUUGAUAAGUACAGCCAGAAGCGAGGUUGGUAUAUCGUCCUGACUUGAGGUCGUCAUUGGCUCACACACCGAUGCAGCUGAUCUUGUCUCCAUGAACGAGACAUUUGUCAAGGCCCGGACAAUAUUUGACCGUAUGAUGGAGGAGAGCCUCGCCAGACACACAGCAAGUAAGUGUCUCGCACGUCUCCAUCGUUCGGGUCGGUCGUCUGACCUAUCCCGCAUCGCAGUGUAUGAUUCCCGGCCGCCCUACACGCAACCACCUUUCCAAACGUACGGUGCUCCCCAGGAUUCUCGUGUCCGACCAGGGUACGCGCCCAGUCCGGUUCCCCAGCCGCAACCAUACGGCUGGAAUCCCGCCGGUUACGAGCGGCCAGGAUACAACGCUUAUUUCGCUUCCACUCCUGCACCUGCACCUCAGGCUGCAGCGUCAUUCUCUCGCCGGCCCGAGGGAGCGAGUGCCGCGCAGGCUCAACAGUACGCACAACGGCCACAGACGAUGUACGCACAGACACCGAGCUACGGAGCCCCGUAUGGUCCACAGCCGGAGGCGCAACCGCAGGGAUAUCCGGGCGCCCAGCCUGGGGUGCAAGCACAGGUACAAGCGCAGGCGCAGCCACGUCCGCAAUCGCAACCUCAGGCUCAAUACCAACAGUCGCCGCCGCAAGCCCUACGGCAGCCCCAAGUCCAGCCACAACCGCAACCUCAACCGCAACAGCAGCCUCAGCCUCAGCCUCAGCUCCAAGCACAAACUCAGCCGCAGCUGCAGCCUCAGCCUCAGCCUGCUCAGCAAUCACCGCCAGCUCGCAAAGCAGGCCCGCCGUACGUCUACGACCCAGCGGCAUCGUACCCGGACCAGAACGUGCAAGCGUGGGCUCAGUACUAUGCGCAGGGCGGGAAGGACCCGACUGGCGCUGUGUACUUUAUCUCAGUGCCGGGCGUGAAGGAGGGCCCGGCGCAACCACGGAUUCCGCGGGCUGGUUCGCAGGAUGCGGUCCAGCAGCAGCAGCAGCAGGUACCAGGUCAGGUAGAGGCGGCGCAGGCGUAUGUGCAGCAACUGCAGCAGCAGCAGCAACAGCAGCAGAAGCAGACACCAGCUCAUGUGGAAACGGCGCAGGUGUAUGUACAGCAGCAGCAACAGCAACAGCAACAGCAACCGCAGCAGCAGACACCAGGUCACAUAGAGGCGCCGCAGGCAUAUAUCCAGCCACAACAAGCGCAAGAAGGGUCCCCGUAUCCCGUGGCCGCUACCGCUACCAGAGCGCCAACACAGUCAAAUACCGACCUCCACGCCCAACCUGUCGUCUCGACCGUCCAGCAAGAGCAGCCCGGCGGCGAGCUUGAGACCGGGCAGCAUCCGCAGCAGCAACAGCAACAGCAAGCUGGGGCCAUUCCUCCAAGUAGCCCCACAGCCGACAUUCAGCAACAACCACCCACGUAUGGGGCGCCUUCCUAUGUUCAGGCUGCCCCUGCUUACGGAGCAUCGCCGCCAGCGGACUCGCCUCAGGGUGCUGUGCCGGACUCGUACGUCAACCAUGUCAACGUCAACAGCCAGCAGCCGCAGGUUGGGUGGCAAGGACAGUAUCAUGAUUUGCCGAAUCAGUUUGCAGGGAUAGAGGUCUCUGGGGCGACAGAGGGCGCCCAGGGUCCUCAGGGAGUAGGUGCGCCUGCGUGAGUGAGCGUGAGCGUCCGAUUGACUGGAAGGACGGUUUGGAAACUUGUGGACUUUAUAUUAUGCUGUUUGUACGGGCAGAACAUUUCGGCGUUGCUGUAUAAAAUUGCGGCUCCCUUCAUCGCUGCUGCAUUCCUUACAUCGAGAGAUUCGUAAUUUGACAUCGAUUAUUCAUUGGACCGAGAAACCUCGCAAGUCGAACACCCUGCACAACCGGUACCAGAACUUGUGAUGGCCGAGAUAAUGCGCUACAUAUAGAUAUCCGGGUAUAUGCGUUGCCUUCCAAUCCGUCGUUACCCUGCAAUUCAUGCGACCAAAUGAUACGAUGAAAGACCUUUUGCUCAUGAACAGAUCGAGCAAAAAGUAUUAAGGAGGAGAAUAUUUCGGUCUAUACAGUAAGGAAAGUGUACGUUCAUGAUGCCAGGCCUCUUGCUCGUCUUGUCUUCUUCACGAAUAGAUCCUUGCCCUUUAACCAUCGUACAAACCA